AAAAAUCGAAUGCAAAAAUGAUUAAAAGGAACGGUGAUAAUGUAUUUGCGAUCGCGCCGAGCAACAAUCAGUGUCAAGGCGGCCGGAGCUCUGUCUCGCUCUGUCCCGGCGCGGCCACGAGGAUCCCGCGAGCCACUGCCGCUAGAAUGACGCAGCCUGACGCGCAUCAAAACACUAAGGAGACGAACAUCGCUCUAUCAACUUACGUCGAAAAGUGGAAAAAUAGAUACGAAGAUGCGGAGAGAAGGCACAAAACAUACCUUCUCAAAUCCGAAAAAGCUAAACGCGAACACGAUGACCUACAACGCCGUUUCAACAUCGUCACGGAAGAACGGAACCACCUCGAAGCGGAACUCCAUGACAGAGAGAAGGAGCUCAACAAGCUACGAGCUGUCUCGGAGAAGCUGUUCAAAGAGUACCAACAGCUUAAGAACCAGCAUGAGAUCGACACUGGCGUCAUGCAGAAGGUUAUGCAACAAGCUGGAGAGUGGUACAAGCAAAACAAACAGCUGAAGAGACAAAGCACAGCUUUGCUCCACGCAUUGCCAGCAACGGCUGUUGACAUCGACCUCACAGACGCCACGGACACAGCUUCAGACUCCAGCAACGAGGAGGUAGAGUUCCUCAAACGAACAGUGAGCGAGUUGAGUGCACAGGUGGCCGCGUUACAGACCGACGCGAGCGCGGCGCGCCUGCACGAGUUCGAGGCCCACGAGCUCAACGUCCAGCUCGCGCAGGAACUUGAAGCGGAGAAAGAAAAAUGCAGCAAGCAAGAGAAAGAACUAGAGGACCUGAGGAAUCAAUUAGAGAGGCACAACCGCGUGUCCAAACUACUCAUGGAAGAGAUGAGCGCCUUGAAAAACAACGCGGACAAAGACAGGGAGAUGGCUGAAACAUACAAGUCGGAAGCCAGAGACGCUAAAAAGCGAGCGAAAGUAUUGGCUCAUCAAAGUGCUUUACUGAUGGGAGAGUUGGAGACUGAUGAGAGGCUUGGUCUGCUUCUUGGUGAGGUGGACAAUCUUCGGGAUGCCCUGGAGCAGCAGGCCAACAGACACAAGGAACAGCUUGAAGAACUACAGCUAAAAUUAGCAGAAAAACACGAAGAUACAGAUAUUCUUCUAUGGGAAGAGAAGAUAAAACUAGCAGAAGAAGAUGCGCAAAAGGCGUUAGAAAGAGCGGAAAGAGCGGAAAAGAAAUUAGCAGAAUUAGAAAGAAGUAGACCGCCGAAAAAAUCAAAUCUUAUGUCGAGGAUAAGUUACUUUGAGAACGGCGGGAAUGAUAAGAAAGAGAUAAAAGAAGUUAUUAAAGAAGAGAUCAAAGAGACUCCACUAAUAGAAGAGAAGGAAACUGGUAAGUGUCACAUAACCGUGCGACCUCCCUCUCCUUGUCCCGCCUCUGUACCCCCAACACUCGCACCUCCAGCACCCCCAGCACCUCCAACACCCCCAGCACCCCCCGUGGCGCCACCACCGCCUCCCCCUCCCCCUCCACCACCGCCAGCAAUGAUAACAGUCCCUUCAGCUGAGGGUAUGGCCGACUUGCUGGCCAGUAAGGGAGCUUCGUUGAAGAAAACUAAACAGAAUGGUGGCGGUGCAAUAGACGCGAUAGUAGACCAGAUAAAAGGUGGUAAGUUCCAGCUGAAAUCGACAGAACAGAACUUCAUGGAAAAGAAACCCAAAGACGACCAGCCUGAAGCGGUCAAAGAAAUGCUACAAAUACUUGGAACAUUGAGAAAAAGGCGCGUUAAUCGACCUAACUUAAUUUCUGAACAAGAUUCAUAAAAUUUACUUUUAAUAAAAUUUACAAUUUUUGAAGAAAA